AUGACGUCGCAGGGGACUGUGUCACCCGCCGAGAAGAGGCUUCCCGAGUACACCUACGACUCGUCUUCACCCAAGAGUCAACCUUUUACCUGGAAGUCGUGGUUGCUCACCAAGGACUUCGUACCGGCGCAGCCGGGAAAAGAGCUACACCUCCCCUUGGACUACGGCAACGCCACGAUCGAGGUAUCUCAGGGGGGUCCGCUCGGCCGGGCCAGGUUCCGCCUUCUGCCAGACGACCCUGCCAGCACUGGCGAUCCUUCUCCAACCCACGAGGACUCUAUGAAGCUAAGGAGCAUCAUUUUGAUGGACAUGUACCGCGUGGGAGACGAGAUAAAGACGAUUGAUGAGAACGGAAUGGAAACGACUACCUGUAUCUUCGAAUGCGACCUGUACGAGUACACAACACCCGGUGAUUAUCCAUGGGAGGCGAUGGACCUGUGGGGUCCCUCUGAGGGGGAGUCGGGAAACUUUCUGUUCUUCUACCUCGACCUCGGACUGACAUCUCUACUCAUCUCCAAGAAGAUGCAACGUCGAGGCUCCCUAGAUCUACCCGGGUACAACGGUACAAAUGUCUGGUACGCGCCCGGUACCGCUAUCAACUCGACCGAGGCGUUUCACCACGCUUCAGACCUCGAAGAAGCAGCAUACCUCGCCAACCGCUACAUGUUCAUCGCCAUGAUGGUGAUCAUGCUCGCCUACAUCUUCGCGCAGAUGCCAUACACCUACAUUCGGAUCCGAGCCAACGGGAUCUGGCACGGCUUUCGCCUCAGUAACGGGGUCGCGAUGGAACGGAAUAUGCCCAAGCGGCUUCGCCAUCGUCAAUGGCCUAUACCGGUCCGGCGGAUCCCUUUCUUUGACCUCCCCCUCUCCGAGUUUCUGCUCGUCGCUCUCAUGUGGGCGGUGGGUGUGGGCAUUGCGGGAUGGUGUCAGGCGACAUUCCUCACGGACGCCAGUAGGAGCACGCUGGUUGUCAUGAGUCUGCUCGCUCUGACGGCGGGACUUGGCAUCAAGUCGGGCGGAGUCGGGACAUGGGUCGUUCACGGCUACACCGCUGUCAACUUUUUGCACCGAUGGACAGGGCGGCUGGUCUUGCUGCUGUCAACCCUGCAUGUCAUCGCGUACCUUGUGGUCUUUUACCAGGCAGGCAUCGCAAAGCAGGAGAUGGCCAAGCCGGAGAACUACCUCGCUGCUUUGGGCUAUGCCGGUCUAUGCCUCACUGGGGUCCUUUCUAUAGGCUACGUGCGGCGGAGAUGGUGGCUGCUGUUCAAAUUUGGGCAUCACAUCGGAAUCCUACUCCUCAUGGCUGGUCUCAACUACCACUCGCAAGAUGUCGUCCCCUACCUCCUCGCUAUCUGGGCACUUCUCGUCAUCAAUACCGUUGUCCGCAGCAUCACCACUCGUAUCACCACCGCCACAAUCACACCCCUCCCUGGAGCCGCCUCCACCCUGGUCACUUUCCCCGCCCUGACCAAGGGCUUUACACCCGGCCAGCAUGUCCGCGUUCGCCUGCUCGUCCCGUCACUAUGGACCAGCUCGUUCGAGUCUCACCCCUUUACCAUUGCCGCUACGGAGGGACAGGAGGUCACGCUGGUCAUCAAGGUGGCGGGGGAUUGGACAGAGUCACUGUACAAUCUCGCCCUCGAGCGAAAGACCAUGCGUUGCUCUGUAGAGGGACCAUACGGCGGGCCAUUGAACUUCUUGUUCCCCGCUUUCCGGUCGGUCAUGAUCGCUGUUGGUGGAUCAGGCAUCUCAUUUGGUCUUGGCGUCGUAAGAGGACUUUUGGCGGAUGUGGCGGCGGCCCGGUCAAAGUGCCAGCACGUUCUACUAGUUUGGACUGUGAAAGAUAGAGCCACACUUGAUGAUCUGUCCCCUAUCCUCCUCGAGAUGAUCCACACCGCGGAAACGAUAAAAGCCUCAAACGAGCACUUUAUCUUUGACCUUCGGCUACACUUUACCGCCAAGGACGCGUUCUCGGCGGACAAGGAGGACAAGAUCGGGCUGGAGAAGACAAAGGGAGAUCUGAAGACGGUGGUUUUCCAGGGCCGACCGGAUCUCGCAGGCAUAUUGACACAGCUCAUUGCUGCUCAGCCGGAGGGGGAUGGAGGUGUGGGAGUUGGCGUAUGCGGGCCGACUGCUCUAGGGGAUAGCGUCGAGCGGAUAGUCAGGGCUAUCCCAUGCGCAGAUCGGAAGCGGGUUGGAGGCGUCGAGCUCCACGCCGAGCGCUUCUCGUUGUAA